AAGUCAAAUUGGAUUGGAACAAACCCCUCCCCCUUUUUAUUUUGUUCUUUUCCCCAGAAACCAAACUUCAAAACUAGAGACGGAGUUUGCCUGAGAAGUGAGGUAGGAUCGAAAAUGGCGUUUAGAUUAUCUCGACCAUGCACUCAAAGUCUAACAACCACCUCCAUUUCCCAACGGUUGCUCCUCCAUUUCUCCUCCCUCCGUUUCUUCUCAUCUCCUUCCCUCAACCUCCCCAAACUCGAACCCUCAAAUGAAGCUGAGACCCUUACCCAAAUCCUCCUCACCCAGCACAACCCUUUCCACUGCAUGGAAUCCUCCAUCCAACUCUUCCAUGGCAUCUCCCUCACUCCUUUCCUUCUACACCAGACUCUUCUCCGUCUCCAACACUCUUCCAAAAUUGCCCUCUCCUUCUUCCUCUAUUCUAAAUCCCUCCCUCCUUCUCCCUCUUCCCUCCUCUCCACCGCCUCCUACAACCUCAUCAUCGACAUACUCGGCAAAGUUCGCCAAUUCGACGUCGUUUGGCAGCUCAUUCUCGAAAUGGAUCAAUUAAACAUUUCUUCCGAUUCCUCUACUUUCAUGAUUUUGAUCCGUCGCUUAAUCGCUGCAGGCCUAACCCGUCAAGCCAUUCGCGCCUACGAUGAUAUGGGAUGUUUCGUUGCUGCUGACAACGACACUGACAGCUUUAGUCAAAAUGGUUCGUUUUGCUUCUGUUUCUUGCUCGACACACUCUGUAAAUACGGCUACGUGAAGGUGGCUGUUGAGAUUUUUAACAAAAGGAAAUCUGGGUUUCGGGUUGAUUCAAAAAUGUAUACAAUCCUAAUAAGUGGGUGGUGCAAGAUUGGCAGAAUCGAUAAGGCAGAGAGGUUUUUAACGGAGAUGAUCGAAAGAGGAAUGGAACCCAAUGUUGUCACUUAUAAUGUGAUGCUAAACGGGAUUUGUAGAAGAGCAAGUUUACAUCCUGAUGAGAGGUUUGACAGAACAAUAAGGAAUGCCGAGAAAUUGUUCAACGAAAUGCGCCAACGAGGGAUUGAGCCUGAUGUAACCAGCUUUUCAAUCGUUUUACAUGUAUAUAGCAGGGCGCAUAAGCCUGAGUUAACACUUGAUAAGUUGAAGUAUAUGAAGGAGAAAGGUAUUUGCCCCAGUGUGGCUACUUAUACUUCAGCUAUCAAGUGUCUUUGCUCCUGCGGGAGGCUCGAGGAGGCUGAGAAGCUGCUUGGUGAGAUGGUGAGUAAUAGGGUUAGUCCUUCAGCUGCAACUUAUAAUUGUUUCUUCAAGGAGUACAGAGGGAGGAAGGACAUCAAUGGUGCCUUGAAUUUGUAUAGGAAGAUGAAGGAGGAUAAAUCAUGUGGGUUGAGUUUGCAUACAUACAACAUCUUACUGGGGAUGUUCAUGAUGUUGGAUAGAAUCGAUAUUGUCCAAGAAAUUUGGAAUGAUCUCAAAGGGAGUACAGCAGGACCUGAUUUGGAUUCAUAUACAUUGUUGAUCAAUGGUUUAUGUGAUAAACAGAAAUGGAGAGAAGCAUGCCAGCUCUUUGUGGAGAUGAUAGAGAAGGGUUUGCUUCCUCAAAAAGUAACUUUUGAGACACUGUACAAAGGUUUGAUACAGUCUAAUAUGUUGAGGACAUGGAGGAGAUUGAAGAAGAAACUUGAUGAGGAGUCUAUAACCUUUGGUUCUGAGUUUCAAAAUUAUGAUUUCAAGCCAUAUAGGAGAUAGUUCACUAUUGUUUUUUUGUUUUCUUGUGCAUUGCUAUGUUUAUUGCUUUUGCCUAAUUAUAAGGUUCAUAAAUUUCACUUAUUUGAUAAUAAAUAGGAACAUGGCCCCAAAAUGGUUCACCCACUUGUUUACAGCAAGGUUUGUGUUCAAUUUCAACACUUGCAAAUUUCUCUUCUUCAUUUUUUCUUAGACUUUGACCUCUUAUGUAUCAAAAAAAAUUGA